AUGCUCUUAUCUCUAUCUAUGUACAGAUUGUUUCGUAGUUGUAAUUAUAAUAAGUUGAUUUGGGUGCUAGAUUGGAUGGAUGGUUUUGCUGGGGGCUGGAAUAAUGGGUAUGUGGUUAGAUCUGUUGCAGUAAUGAAGAUACGAAGUUUGAACUCAAUUAAUCGGAUUAGAAGAAAUGCUAGGGUUUGGCUUGGUUUUAGUUUGAGCUUGUGGUUGGCCUUGUUGUAUGGGAUUAGUGUGGUGGAUGGAUCAAUGGCAAUGCCGUUGGAAAGGUUGCCGAGUCCGGAUGAGGUGCUGGUGAUGUUAAAGUCGCUUGGCUUUGCUUUUGCUGAAGUUAAGAAUCCGUUGCUGAUUAGGAAAUACGCUCCUGAGUACCCGGAGGUUUCUAGUUUGGAUUGGGAAUGCUCGCCUAAGACAUCUUUACUUAUGUUUAAGCUAAUCAAUACGCCUAGUUAUAUAGUGGAGAAUUUAUAUGGAACUGUUUGCUUUAAUCUGCCGAGAUAUAGAGAUAUUAAGGAGAUGGAGAAUGACUUGGCUAAGAUAAGAAAUAUUGCUUUUAUUCGAACAUCCUGUGUUAUUAUUGUUUAUGAUUGUGAUAGUGUGUCCUUUCCCCAACAGAACUUGCGAAUUCUAUCUCGAGUUGUUAACAUGUUUGAUUGUGAAAGUAUGGAAAUUCGCUUUGAUGGUCAACUGCAACAGAAUAUGUCUGAAAGUAAAUUGUACUUUGCGGGUGCAUUGCUAGAAGCUAAAAACACAGUUGGACAUGCUACUUAUAAAUCAGAAUGUAAGAUCAGCUUUUUAAGUCAAACGAAUGCUCGGCUUGAUAUCUUAAUGAAAAGUGGAAUUAUCUUGUUGCGGCCAUUUUCACAUAUUGCUCUAGAGGGUUUGGAAACCCAAAACUACGUCUGUCUUAAUAACUUGAAGCUUUUGGAUAAUUACACCCUUUUAAUUGAGUGUUUGCCUUCUAAAACGAUCAUUGAUUUUGCUUUGAUUGGGACUAUUUCUAAAUGCCGUAAGAUUGAGUUGUUGAACUGUUUUAGAUCGAAUCCGACCAUUCGCGGUCUUGAUAUACCGGACUUGCUGCAUAAAGAACUAACUCUGUCGGCUAGUUUCAAAUUACUUUAUCACUUAGGGCGGAAUCAUAAGAAUCGGAUCUGUGUUAAUACUAUCACCGGAUUUGAUCUUGACUCUUCGACUAUCUAUGAACUAAGUAAUCCGCCUCCACAAGUAGACCCUCAGGAUUGCUACAUAGUGGCUAAGGUGAUUAAUCUCCAAAUUUCCCCUUGGUUAGGUUGUGACUUAUUGGCUGAGUACCAGAAACAAUAUAUCCCUUCUGUUUUUACUCCCUUUGGUAUAUUAGUUGAUGGGGUUAAUAUUAGAUAUGCUUCUGGGCGAUCUGAUUUGCUGGCUACUUUGAAUGCGUUUUAUAUGAUCGAUGCUUUACCACUGUCGGUGGUAUCUGCUGUUCUGGCAGAUAAGAUUGUCUGCUGUGGCAUUGGUUUAAGUAAUCCAUACUGGACGCUUCAGGCCCCGGUUAAAAUUCAACUUGACCAUAGUAAAUUCGACUACUGGAUAAAUAGCUUCUAUUGCCGAGCCUAUCAGAGUUUUUGUCAGUGUAUACAAUACAGCAAUAUUGAAAUCAGUGGAUCUAACCAGCCACUAUUGGAUGGACAACUCAAACAAUGCACCGAUCUUCUGUACAUAUUUAAAAGCAUCUACGCCCGAGUGCUUAUAAUCACAAAUGUUCGCGCUAUUGAAGAACCCCGGCAAUGCAUAUUUUCGAUGUCUGUGCUAAAUCAUGAAGUGCACAGAAGUCCGCAAUGGCAUCUUAAUAUUGAAUCUUUGGUCUUAGACAACGUCAACCCUGAUAUUAUUUAUUGGAUGUUGCGGCAUUAUACUUUUGAUCGCGAGAUAACAAUCUGCAUCCUGAAUCAGCACUUUAAGAAUCUGGCUAUUACUCAACUUCUCUCACCUCCUUUUGUUGAUAAGAUUGCCUGUAUCCAAUUGAAUGAUUUCCAUAGGUUAGAUGAAAUCUGCUUUUUCCAUUCUCAAGACCAAAUCAGUGACUUCUCAUUAUUUGAAUAUGCACAAAGAGUCUGGCCUGUCUCCAAACCGGGUCCACAACUGGGCAAACUACAGUUGUUUCUGCACAAUAUUGAUUAUUCUCCACAGCUUGAUGCCGUGUUUGCGCUUGAAUGUUUAGGUGUUGACCUUCAGGGGUACAUGUCCUGGGAGUGA